UUUAUGCCAUGAAGAAGUUACAAAACAUUUAAAUCUGUUAGUAGGAUCUUUAAAAACCAAUCAAAGUAUGAAUCCACGCCUCAGAUAUAUCCUCUUCAUGGCGGGUUUAGCUGUUGUUGGAUGGCUAAACCCAUUGGCUCUGCUGGUCGGCAUCUACUCGGCGAGACACCUACCUGUGUACGCAAAGAAAUUGUUGAGCCUCAUAGGUUUCAAGAAAGUUGGAAUCGUCCAUGGCACCUUGGCGUCAUUUCUGAGCUCCACAGCCGACAAGUACAGGGUCGGUAGAAGGUUAAUCAGUUUCUUGCAGUCUACUGGCAUGUCUAAUAAAAGAUUUAGGUUAUCGAUAGCAUGUGCGAUAGCCGGAAAUAUAGUUUUAGUACUGGCGAAUUUUAUUCUGGUACCUCUUCUACCCGACGCUGCCAUUGAAUAUUUGCACGCAAACGAUGAAGACUUUGUCGACUUGGAGGGAACGGUGGUGGAAAAUGUAAGCAAUGCAGUCCAAUUGUAUGACGGGAUUAAAGAGAAUUACACAUUUGAAAAGUUAUACUAAUGCUUAUUUAUCGUAUAAAGCGGGAGUGAUCUCCCUUAAACUUUCUCGUAUAUUCUUAUAUAACAGUAAGAUGAAAUAGCGCCUUCACUGCAGUCAUGUAACUGACUUUUUUUUUUAAAUAUAUAAUUUUUACUUUCUCUUAUACGAAAAAUCAAAAUCGAGAUUUAACCAAAUCUCAACUUUCACUGCUUCCUGGAUCGGAAAAUCUUAGUUUUGCAAUUGUGUGUGUGUGUGUGUCUGUCUGUGAACGCAACAACCGUUACAGCUAGGUUAAUGACAUUUUAUAAAUAAGUAUUUUAUUAAAUUUGUAAUUCUGCAUCAGUUUUUAAGCGACUUCCUAAAACCGGAAGAGGAACUUUUCCUUCUUUCAGUUUUCAAAAGCCUGUAACUUGAGUACUGUUUCUGAUAAAUGAAAUUUCAUAAAUAAGUAGAAUAUUCUAACUAUCUGUUUUCUUUAAAAAAUUGAUUAAUUUCCGGUGACCGGUAAUAGUACUUUAUAAUGUACUAAUGUUGCUGGUCUCUUUGUGUACACUUUUUUCUACAAGAUUCUAUUCUAUUUUUAUAAAGCUUAAUUAUAUAAAAAUUGACUUAAAAAUAUUGUCUUUUUCCGAGCUCCCAUCCCCCACCCUCAGAGUUUCCAUCCCGCGUAGUGUUAUAUAUGAAUAUUCGGGAAAGUUUGGGGAGACCACUCUCGCCACUAUUACAUUCUACGACAUUAAGAAAAAUCUUUAAAAAAAUAAACCACAGACACGAGUUUACAAAUGUAAUAAACAAAAUAUGUAAGUAACUAGCUUUCUUUUAUAAUUCAAAACCAAGCAAGAUUUUUUAUGAAGAAAAAAGUACAGUUUUUCAAUCAUCCGAUUUACAAUCAUAGACAAUAUACACACAAAAGAUAGCACUUGCUGUUGUUUAAUAUUAAAGUAUAAUAUAAUGUACGUUUUUUACAAAAGAGGAAAAAUUGUAUGUAAUUGCCAUAUACAUAAGAGAUAUGUUUUGUGUAGAAAGUUUUUAAACAGUAUUAUCUAUCAGGUAUAGACAGCAGUAAAUUAUGUUUAAACGCGAAAAAUAUAUUACAUUUUCAUGAUUUUUAUUUUUAAUGUAAUAGUUAACAUGAGCUAUACUGUACUUACAUAUGAGACGUUUCUAAUUAAAAAGUGAUACAAUUAAACACACGCUUUAUGAAGAAAUAAAAUGUUAAU